CCACUUCUAUUCACUUCUAUCGAUCGCCAGUCCAUUCCAGGCCACUCCUUCAAAACUUCUUAUUUCAUCAUUGUCUAGUUUUGAUUUUAUUUUUCCUUGUUACAUUUCAUUCAGUCUCAUUUAUCUGUCCUCACUGGGUUAUUCCAAGUCAUUCACUGUUCUUUUCUUCUCAGUUAUUAAUUAUCUUAUUGUCUCAUUUUCUUCUUUGUUUACGUACCUUUCACUCUUUCACAUAUUAUCUUUCUUCAGUACUAAUUAACGUUACAUGAGAGAAAAAACAGGUUCUCCACUUACUUAGUUUUCCUUCUCUCAUCACUCUCUUUCACUGUUGGCGUUCACUCAGCUUCAUACUUGUGACGCCGCCAAAAUGAAAUCCAUUACUGGCGUAUGUGUGUUUGUGUGUGUGUUGAAGCACGGAGUAAAAAGCGAAACCGUGAGACGCCUCGACACACAAGACAUUCGACACCGCUUCGACUCGCGUUCCUCCACCAGUGUCAAUGAUGAGACGGAACGCUGGGGCAGAGAGGCGCUAUUCUUCCUUAUGUCCCUGUGCUUCUGUUGGCGAGCCUCUAAGAUUAACCAAAGUGUCUUAUGUGCAACUUGGGAAAUAUUAAAAACUUUAGACGCAGCCUUGACGAUGUCUGAAGAAGGAGCAGGUGGCCUGGUGGUGGACAAUGGCUCCGGGAUGGUCAAGGCUGGUUUUGCCGGCGACGAUGCACCGCGAGCUGUCUUUCCUUCCAUCGUCGGCAGACCGCGGCAUCAUGGAGUGAUGGUGGGCAUGGGACAGAAGGACGCUUACAUUGGAGACGAGGCUCAGAGCAAGCGAGGUAUCCUGACUCUCAAGUAUCCCAUCGAGCAUGGAAUAGUUACAAAUUGGGACGACAUGGAGAAGAUUUGGCACCACACUUUUUACAAUGAGCUUCGCGUUGCCCCUGAGGAGUCCCCGGUUCUACUCACUGAGGCUCCCCUCAACCCAAAGGCCAACCGUGAGAAGAUGACUCAGAUCAUGUUUGAAACUUUCGCCACCCCCGCCAUGUACGUGGCCAUCCAGGCUGUGCUGUCUCUGUACGCCUCUGGCCGUACUACUGGUAUCGUGCUGGACUCUGGCGACGGCGUGACACACACUGUCCCCAUCUAUGAAGGUUACGCUCUUCCUCACGCCAUCAUGCGUCUUGACCUGGCUGGCCGUGACCUGACAGAUUACCUCGUGAAAAUUCUUACUGAGCGUGGCUACUCCUUCACCACUACGGCUGAGCGUGAGAUUGUCCGAGACAUGAAAGAAAAACUUGGUUACGUGGCAAUGCACUUUGAAAAUGAAAUAUCUGCUGCUUCCCCCUCAGAUGAUAAGUCCUAUGAACUUCCUGACGGACAAGUGAUCGACAUUGGCAACGAGCGCUUCAGGUGUCCGGAGUCGCUCUUUCAACCCUCGCUGCUCGGCAUGGAGGCUGAUGGCAUCCACGAUACCGUCUACAACUCCAUUAUGAAGUGUGACGUGGACAUAAGGAAGGAUUUAUACGCCAACAUUGUCAUGUCUGGCGGCUCCACCAUGUACCCGGGAAUGUCUGACAGACUGCAGAAGGAAAUAACUUAUCUCGCUCCCGCCACAGUAAAGAUUAAGAUUAUUUCCCCCCCUGAGCGCAAGUACUCCGUCUGGAUCGGCGGCUCCAUUCUGGCCUCGCUGUCCACCUUCCAGGCCAUGUGGAUCACCAAGGAGGAGUACGAGGAGUCCGGCCCGGGAAUAGUUCACCGAAAGUGUUUCUAGUCAACGUAACGCAGCCGCUAUCACGACCUACAUUGGACCAAGUCAUGAUCUCAUUUUUAUAACCAUGUUCAUCA